AUGGCGCUUGAGAGAAAGCUUCAGCAGAAUUCCUCCGACGGUACAUGCGUCUACGGACUCCUCAUCGGCCCGUUGGCGUGGAUAUGGGUGUACCUGGACAGCAAGGAGGGGCGCUUCUGCCGGACAUUGCUUCAGCCGGACGACCUACAGCCAAGUAUCUACAUGAUGGUGACGAUCGCGCGUGCAAUCAUGUGGGAAAGUCUCAUUAUCAAGACUUCGCAGCAGUUGCGAACAAGGACCAUUUACAUCGCGCACGUGCACCGCAGCGGUGUAGACAUGAAGCAACGCUGGAUCUCCCAAGGAUUAUGA